GUCCCGCAGAUAUAAUGGCCCGGCUCGACCUCGCGGGUCACAUUGUGCGCUGCGCCAGCCACCGCGCUGGACCAUGGACUGGCUGAUGGUGGCUGUGGUAACGUGCCUGCUAGCCCCUUGCCCCGGCAAAGGCAGCGACUGGACGUGGGAGUUUGAGGAGGGCUUAAGGCACUACACCGACGAGGCUCUGAGGAGGGAGUUCCCGGAGAAGACUAGGCCUGCCAACUUCAAGCACCCCCUGUUCCAGUGUGAUGACAUGGCCCCUUCCUCUUCGGUCCCCACAUCGGUGGAACUGGUGAAGGCAGCCGACAUCAAAGUGAUUGCAGCACUCGGGGAUUCUUUGACUACAGCCAUCGGUGCGAAUGCCACUAAUGUCUUGGGAAUACCCAUUGAAUUCCGCCACGUCUCAUGGAGCAUUGGAGGCCAUGGAACGUUUGAGGAUGUCAUCACACUCGCUAACAUCAUUAAGCUCUUCAACCCCGAUCUGAUUGGUGCCGCUCCCACCAAGACGGUCCACGGCACCCCCGCACCCCUCAGUGAGACUGGCUUCAAUCUGGCCGUGACCGGACACAACACAUUUAACCUUCCAGAUCAGGUCAGACAUCUUAUUGACACACUGAAAACAUACCAGGGUAUAGAUUUCGAUGAAGACUGGAAGCUUCUGACCAUCCUCAUCGGCAUGAAUGACAUCUGUGAUUACUGCAAGGACAAGUCCCUGUUCUCAGUGGAGAAUUUCAUCUACUACAUGACCGUGUCUUUGGAGAUGCUGAUGAACGAAGUUCCGCGGAUGAUCGUGAACGUGGCGCAGAUCCUGCCCAUGGAGACCCUGCGAGAGGUGCAGAAGCCCACCCCGGGCUGCCUGCUGCAGAGGUCUUUCUGCUCUUGUCUAAUAAAGCCAUCUACAGACUCCAACGAUCUGAAGGAACUGGUCGGGGUGAACUUGGAGUUUCAGAAAAGACUGGAGCAGCUGCUGUACUCCGAUCGUUUCUUCAAGGAUGACUUUGCCGUAGUCCUUCAGCCCUUCCUAAAAUUUGCAGAUCCACCUCGGCUUCCGACGGGGAAGAUUGACAUGAGCUUCUUCACUCCAGACUGUUUCCACUUCACCAUGAAAGGGCACGAGGAGUUGGCCAAGGGCCUGUGGAACAACAUGUUCCAGGCCGAGGGAGAAAAGUUAAUGGUGGAGAGUUUUUCUAACCCCAUUCAGCUGAUGUGUCCACCCCCGGAGCACCCUUACAUCUUCACCAAACCAACUCACAUGGACAUCGAUCCCACCACCUCCCCACCAGAAGACACCAAAACCUCCAGCGCCACUAGAGCUACUUCCAUCAGGACCCACCUCUUGCCCCUCACCUACCUCCUCCUUCGGACAAUCAUGACCCUCCUAAGUCUGUAACAGUCAGCAGAGCCCACAGACCUCUGGGCCCACGUUCCGAACUAACUGACUGUUGUCUUGUUUGCCUUUGUUUGAGGUGCUUGAGAGGCUUUGACUUCUUUGACGAUGUAAAUAUUUCUUUCAUUCAAAGUCUUUUUUUGCACUCUUUACAAAUUGUAAUAUCUGUAAUAACCACUAGAGGUCGAGUUUGCAUUAAUUGCCACUGUGGGUGACAGGCAACUGCGAUGGACAACAUUGGCAAGUGGCCAAAAAAAGGUCUCUACGCUAGCUCACCACUCACUAAAUCAGUCUAUUCUGCACUUACAUUACAGUGAGGUGGACUCUUCCUGAUGUGCCAUUUCAUAUCAUGCACUAGAAUCUCAAGGACAGGUCAUCAAGCCACGGUUUAAGCCAAAAAAAGGGACAUUGGAUACAACUUGAAACAUCACACCUUAAUGAGGAAACGUCUGUUUGAAUUGGAGGUCAGAUAAGGACUUAGUGGUGCGGUGUCAGAAAUGUUGCCAGUGUAAUGUGGACGACGUAAUGCGUUUAGCGAUGAUGAAAAGCAAUUAAGAGAGCUUUUUCUGGAAAAAUGGGGUAGCAAGGGUUAAAAAACUCAUUAGGUAUUGGAGACAGAAAAAGAGUGGAAAUCACCCACCCGGCACAACAAUAGUGUGGCUUUUAAAAGCACUGUUUGCUCAAAGGUAAACUGCACUGAGAGAGGGCUCACGGUGGCCCUGCUAAUGAGGCUAACCGGAUUUGGGAGCUGCAACCUGAGAUGGGCUUUCAGGCUCUCUCUCUCUCUCUCUCUCUCUCUCUCUCUCUCUCUCUCUCUCUCUCCCUCUGCCUCCCCCCUCUCUCUUUCUCUCUCAUUCCCUUCGGCUCCAAUGGCUGACAUUUCACACCACAAGGGCCUGCCUAAAAAACUCGAAUAGCCUAUG